UAUUAUAUUGCUGCCUGCCGGUUAGGCGUACGUAUAUCUGUACACGAUACCGGAUUAAAUCGUUCAAAAAGCCCUGUGACAUUUGAGCCUGUCAAAGAGAGCCACAACGGGAUAUCGUUAUUUCCUUUUCUGCGAUACGAGCGCCAAGCCGUGAUGAAGUAUAUAACAGCACAAUUUGUUUUCCACGCAUCCUGAAGGAUGGGGCCAGUUAUCGCUUGCGCAGCAAUAUCGUAUGUGGCUGCGUCAUAAAAAGAUAGCACGUUUCCUGGAGCAUGGUAUCUCUGGUGCGCACCCGGUGGGCAGGCGUGUUUGAAAAAGGAACAAUGUGUUUUUUUUCGUAGUGGAGUUCGUAGCACACUGCACCGGCCUAAAGUUUGGACCAAAUUUUUGGUACGCACAUCAAAGUCCUUUUCGUCCGAUCGGUCAUCGUUCACACUGUCAACCGUCUUCAAGCGAAGCGAGUUGGUUUUGCAGACUCUUGACAUCGGGCGGGUCAUAUGUAAUAGGUUCUUCUUCAUUUACCUUCCUGUUCCGAGUCUGUAUCAGUUGUUCUACUCAUGACUCCUUUUGGGCAGUCACCAUUGUUAGAAUGCAAGCUACAUAGUCGGUCAGUAUUUAACUCUCCUCUGUGUGGGACAGCAGUCCUCUUCUUUGGACCUUGAAAGUGCCUUUUUGCCUGCGUGUCAGUAGAUCUGUAACAUGGUCGUGAUUGUUGCGCCGUGCAGAAAGGUGCUUGGAAAUCGAAUGUGAGACAGCAUGUGGGCAGCUUCACCGCGAGCUUUCAUCAGCCUGGCGACUUAUUUAAGUUCAAGCUUCUUUCUCUUCCCUGUACAGCCGCUGUUGUCCAGACCUCGUCGCCACUUGGAGUACAUGUAAGUCAUCCGCCUCUCCGAAUACGGAAUGCCAAUUCCUUUUGAAUCUCAGGAAAGCGAGAUCGCAACGUAUCAUUUCUUGCCUUGUAUACACGGAAAGAAGACUUCCACCGCCUACCAGCGCCAGUCCUACCGCUGUGAAAGGUUUCGCGUCGAGGUCUGCGGAGAUGGAUUGCACAUCCCUGCUCUUACUAGUGGCAGCUUUGCUACCGGACGGGCCACAAGUGCUUGGUCUCUCUCCGACCCAGGUGCUUGUGGUGCUGCAGCAGAUAAUGCACCAGCUGCGACGGUUUUUUUCUCAUCGUGCACUCCGGAACGGAAGUUGUGCCUUGCAUGAAGCUGCAGAAAGUAGCAACCCGGCUACCAGUACUGGCAGAACGGAACGGGAGUCGACACCAUCUACGGUGAAAGAUUUUCCUGUUGUCGCACUGAUUGAUAAUGUAUGCCAUGCAGUCUCAUCUAGCAGAGGUAAGAAGGGUAACUCACAUUGUGAAACGGCGAGCACUACAAGAACUGAACCCGGGAAGGAAGAAACUCUCAAAGCUUCGGAGCCAUGGAGACAGUGGCUUAGACGUGUCGUCUUGGCAUUGUUGGCUCAUCAGGUCGCAGUAGAGGUGAUCAAUACUUCGCUGCAAAGAUUUGCGAAACAGUCUCUUUCUAUGACAGAAAAUGCUAUUGCUAAAGAUAAAGGCUUCUUCCAGAAAGUCAAUAAUCGAGCGAUCUCUAUCAUGUCGCAGGGAGCGGCCUCAUCUUUUCGCGCCACGCCGGCAGCCGUUUUGUCUGUCUACAGCAUGCUCUGUAGAAUAGCAGGUCUUUUGCAGAGGAUGGCAAUGCAGAGGGUGACGGCACAAUCAAAGACCGACCAAGAAAACGGUAGCAACAACGACGCUUCCGAAAUCGGAGCGGAUGAUAAAAUGACAAGGCCUGUCCGGCAUCAGGGUGGACACACUUCCUCAAAAAUCACAGGGAUAGCCGAGAGGAUUCUACGGCUGCUGCUCGGCAAAACAGCCACAAAACGUCCAGAUUUAGGUGUCACAUCCGCUGCUAUAAACACCUUGCUCUACCUGCAACAAGCAAAAAGAGAAGUGGAGUCCUUCAAGCAUAAAGAUGAGCAACAAACUACAUCGGAAACGAGCACAACUGAGGAAGGGCACAACGGGGAGGAUACGGAUGACGCGUGCUCGAUGACUUACGGCGUGACAACCGCUGUCCUCUCGGCGAUUCUCAUUUUGCAAAGAAAAUUCGCUGUUUUGUGUUCGAAAUUUCCCAACUGUCCAUAUAGCGGAAGCCGAGAGGAGAUGAGUCAGGCAGACCUGCGCCAAUUACUGCUUGGUGAAGGUCUUACAAACGGCCAGGUAAACAUCGGGCGCGCUAGCCUGUGAAGAUUUCGUCGAUCACUACUUACAGGUUAAGAGACGGUUGGAUCGAUGUUUGAUGAUCUUUCACGUAGUAUGUUGUUGUCGGGUAAGUGUGCAGGAAUUGUGUUCAUGAGCUUGGUGCAUGUAUCGCCUUAGGGGGACAAAGAACAGCGUUAAAUCCAAACGCCAAUAGAGGGUCACUUCCAUCCGGCGGUCAGCGUCCGCUUGGUAACAGUUCGCUUCUUCUCUGAGUCGAACAGGAAAGAGAGAGAAAGCGACACGAUCAGAAAGCAGAAGGGAAGGGGAGGUGGGGAAACUUAUAAGAAGGGGCAGUGAACAAUCCCCUUCACCAACAUGCUGGUCAUCAACUUCGGGCGGGCUAUGCAUCAUGCAGAGCAUGGCCUCUUCACUCCCCCGCAGCCCCCGACCUGUGAACAGGGAGGCUGAUUGCUUGUCCUGGUGACAGCAGCUUCAGGGGGAACAGAUAUGGCAAUGCAGAAAGCACUUAAUUUGCCUUCGACAAAUUGUCUGGGCCGGUCUCGUUUUGGUGCACACUUACCCCCGUUAACGCCUUCUUCCAUUCGACAGGACACAACGAUUCACUUUUGUUGACUCAUUCGUCUAUUGUAUUGGCCACAACAUUUCUAACCGGCACUGGUACACACAGAAGGCGGUUGCGCAAAAUGACAGAAUGCGAAUGUCGAGCG